GGUGCUCGCUAAUAAUAUACUGACAGUCGCACGCGCAUUCGUCGUUAGUCAUGUCGGAACCAUUGCAGUAUUUAUCUCCCGACCGAUGGGAAGAACUCCAAACACUCUUCAAAGACGACUGGACACGAGGAGUGGGAGGGUACCUAGUGCUAGAUGUCCAAAAACACUGGAUAAAUAAGGGCAUAGAAUAUAAUUUUAAAGUCUAUUGCCCUUACGGUGAUGUGAGAAAUGGAAUGGUCGCAGUGAAUGACAAGGAAGGCUGUUACGAAAUAAUAAUUCAAUGCCCCAACGACGACUUGGAAAAUCUUACGGCUGCUUUGAAACAAACUAAAAUCAUUGAUUGGAAAAAGCAGAUCACUGUACCAUAUGUGACCAACCAUGUGAAGGAGCUCAUUAAAAAACUUGCAAAAGACAUUAAUUUGGAAAUUCAACUUAUUUUGCCGUCAGAAGUAUUUAUAUUGGAAACAAACACACCCUAUAAGGAUGUCGAGCUACCCGAAGGCAUAUCCUUCGAGCUUCUGACAAAUGACUACGUGGACCUUCUCGACUCUACCUGGCCUCAUCGCUACGAGGGCUCCACAACCUACUUCGAACAACUCAUAGACGUCAAAAGAGGUUACGGCCUCUUUUCUAACAACACUUUAAUCUGUUGGCUUCUCAUCAACGAAUCUGGCAAUCUUCUACAUAUGUACACCAUUAAAGAAGAAAGAAAAAAAGGUUAUGCUGAACUCCUUUUAAAGUUAGUCUGUAAUAUUCUGAUAGAGAAUGGUAAGCCGGUGAUUGCACAUUGCUUGAAAGAUAAUUUUAAUGCCUGCAAGUUGUAUAGGAAGGCAGGUUUCACUCAAAUUGAACCAGUUGACUGGAUUUAUGUGCAAAGUAAUGAAGAAUAAAGGGGGCUGAUGUAAGUGUAACAAAAGGAAUAAAUAUGAACAAACCAUUAACUUCCAAGUAAGUAUAACAAUUGUAUUAAAUAAGUAAAGUACAAGUUACUUUAUACAUAUUGUAUUUUUG